UAGGCUACACAAAACGGCACGGACACCACUCGUCUCAUCUCUCUCUGUCGCUCUCUCGUAUUCUUGUGGCGUCCCUUUCUCUCGUAAAAACCUAGCCAAUCAAGAAGGAGGAGGAUAACACUGGAAAAAAAAAAUAGAAGACCUCUCUCUAUCCUUCUCUGUUUAUCGCUUUAAUUAUCUCUCGGUUUCUCUCUUUUCCUCUCUCGUCGCUCCCUUGCUUUGCUUGCGCGUUUAACACACCGAGCAGCCUUCACUCUUAAUUUAAGUGGUGCUCGUUUCUAUUCAAGGUAUACUUAAAACAUGUUGCUUUAAUCUUCUACUGAGGAUAGGAUUGAUUGUUGACAUCUUGUGCUGUGGUGAAUGGCGGCUGAUCAACGAAGAAAACGGCUUAAUGGUGCCAGCCUUGCUGGUUGUAGUUCCCGGGAGCCGUACAGAAUGAAAAGGAAUAAAUCGAAGAAUGGUUUGAAUGCAAAAUCUCUUAUUUCUCUUGAGUGGGAUGGCAACAGAAAGAAGGUUGUUGCCAAAAAGGAGCAAAUUGGCAUUAGUCAGAGAGAUUUGAUGCCAUUUGUUGAUUCUGUUCUCCACUAUCAUAAUCCUUUGGCAGAUGUUUUUGCUGUUCCUCGAGAGAUUUUUGAGCUGCAGAAUUUAGCAGAGGUCCUUUCCUACGAGACUUGGCAGAAUCAUUUAUCGGAAGAUGAGAGAAACUUUCUUAAGCAGUUUCUACCAACAGGACUAGGCACGGAAGAAGUUGUGGAAGCAUUGCUUGCUGGGGACAACUUUCACUUUGGAAAUCCAUUGCUUAGAUGGGGUGCUUCACUUUGCUCUGGUAAUCUUCACCCUGAUGUGGUUCUUUGUCAGGAACAGCAUCUAAAGGCUGAUAAAAAGGCAUUCUACUCCAAGUUACAAGAUUAUCACAUUGACAUGAUAACAUAUUUGCAGAAGUUGAAGGACACGUGGGAAAGCAGCAAGGAUCCAGAAAAGGAAAUUUUGCAGAAGAUAUGGAGGAGGUCAAGAAGUGAUGCAGAUAAAAGAAUUUCCCCUUGCGAUACCGAGUCUAAAUUUCAUGGCACUGGGGAGAAUGAGUCGGCGACAUCCGGAUCCUGCUCCUUGGUUGCAGAGGAGAAAACAUCUAGCAGCGAUACCCAGAACUCUCAUGUAACAAAGAGUGGAGAGGUUCAGAAAAGGAUUUGUGAGAAAGGCUCCAUGAAGGAGAAACUGAGAAAGUCGUUGCUUGCUUCAGAUGAUGCAAGACCUGGAAAAGGAGACAAGCUACGCAAGCGCAACAUCCACCGUAGUGACGGUGCUAAAUAUAUGUCAUACUUAAAGAUAAGCAAGAAGCAGCACCAACUUGUUAAGAACAUGAAGCAGUCUGGUAAAAGCAUUCAAUCUAAGUCUCUUAACUGUGUGUUAGGUGACCUUGAUACUUUGCAUGUACAACCAUAUGAAGAAUUCGUGAAAGAGGAACAGAAGAAGUUGCAGGAGCAUUGGAUGCAAUUGGCAAACAAAGAUCUUCCUGUAGCACAUGCAAUCUGGAGAGAGAGACAGUUUCAGAGACAGGAGAUAACCAAAUCUUUGGAGGAAGAGAUAGAAGGCCAAUUAAAAUAUCCAGUGGAGCAUCUGGAGAAAGAUGGUCAUGAGACUCUGCUUCAGGAUCAGAGCGAUCAAUGUGCAGACCAACAUGACACCAACAUGGAGGAUAAGCAGGAACAGAACCAUGAAAUUGUGCUUCAGGAUCAGCAGGAACGGAACCAUGAAAUUGUGCUUCAGGAUCAGCAGGAACGGAACCAUGAAAUUGUGCUUCAGGAUCAGCAUGAUCAUGGAUCAAGAAACGAAGAAUCCAGCAUUUCUGAUUAUGGAGAUUCUGGUUCAGGCUCCCAGCAGAAUCAGUCCCCGCAACAUCUUUCCUCCCUCUCUGUUAGCCAGGAUCUUAAUCCUAUAGAUAUGAAAAUGGAAAAUAAUCAUGUCCAUUUGAACUCUAAUUCAGAUGAAGCUUCUCCACAUGUAUCUGAGUACUCAGGGACCAUGCACAUCGGAGACGCUUCCAUUGAUCAGGGAGUUCCUUUCUCUUCUGGUGGAGAUGUCUGGUCAGCAGUUAGCAUACCCAACUCAUAUUAUGAUCCCACUGCAAAUCAUGAAUACACAUCUACUGGUAGAUUGUCACUGCCACAUCAAGUUAAUGAAGAACAAUGCUCCCAGUUGAUUGAUUUGGAAUCUGAAGUGCAUGAAGAGGAAACUGGAAAAGAUUUGUUGCACAGACAAUCUGAUGAUGGUUCUUUCAGUUCUUACCCUAACCAUGAUCGUAGUGGGUUGCUUCAAUCUUUGUUCAAAGGUCAGGUAACGUUACCCUACCAUAAUGAACAAAAGCCAACCGGGUUAGAUUUUCAAUCACCAAAUGAUGCUAUAAUGCAAGAUGGUCAGUAUACAGGGCAUAUCCAGGGGCAGCUUCAGUCCUCGCUGUCACUUGAACAGAGACAGAAGAAUCACAUUGAGGAUUACAUGCAACAAAAUAUAUCAGAGGACAUUUAUUCAGAGGGAGGAGGAUUCUUGAUUCCAAGACAAGGACAUGCUCCGCUAGUCAAUCUGCAAGAAUGGAAUGUUAAUCCUGUUCGCAUGCCAGCACGGCUCCAAUCCCAUCCAAAUGAAGAUGGUUUGUUAAUCCAGAACUGGUUCUCUGGGGAGCAUCAAGUUCGCGGGGACUGGAAUGGUGCAGGUGGUGUUAGUGUCUCAAACCAGAGCAUUGGAAGUAAUGCAGAUCAAAGCCUAUUUAGUGUUCUAUCCCAGUGUAACCAACUGCACAUGGCAAGCCCCAUUAACCAAUUACGUUCAGGUAGCCCCACCAACCAGCGUCCAAAUGGUACCAUAGAUUCAGUGGGCUCUGCUGAGCAGUUUGUGUUGCCGAGGGCCUAUGGUAUGGUGAGCGGGGUUACCCCCAGGGUCAGUAAUGCUUUACCACAACCAGCUCAUCCACUCGAUUACUUUAGCGGGCGUGACACUGCUAGUUCCCUGAUGCCUGAUGAUAUGGGAUGGAUGGCUUUGCCGCAGAAUUCUGUUUUACAUGAUCCAAUGGGGAAGCCAUACUUGAGGUCGUGGAACCGAUGAAUAUCCUUUCCCCCUCAUUUUUGGUAGGUGAAGUACAAGGUUAUGAUCAUGAGAAGAAAUGCCAGCACAAGAUGUGCCUUCAUAGGAAAUCGUGACUUGUUAUCUAUUAUAGGGAAUUUUGAACUUAUUGCAAGGUUUGCAGAAGUGUAGAAGCUUGUGACAAAUUCUGAGAUAGGUUUUUGUACAUACUUUAUACGAGAGCCAAUUCAAGCACCAUGUAAAUAUCCAGAUGUUAGAUAGGCAGGUGAGAGCAAGGGCAAGGAAGGAUCGAAAAAGAUUCUGAUAUCUUCUAUCUGGUAUGUAAGUUACACUGCAUUUUUUGUUUCCAGUCGCAUUUUUUUUCUUUGUUGACCGAGAAACAUCUUUCAAUAAAUUUGGAGGCUGGAGGCUCUCACAUCUUUGUUUUUUA